AUGCCUUUCCUUGAUGUGAGAGGCAAGAAGCUGUUCUACGCUCGCGUAGACGCUGAGACAGAGCCCAAGACUUCUGACCCAGUACUGGUAUUCAUCCAUGGCCUGGGAUCAUCUCAUUCGUUUUACAUACCUGUGAUGCACAGUCUUGCAGCUGCUGGAUAUAGCUCAGUUGCCUUGGAUGUCUAUGGAAGUGGCCAAUCCGAGUUGUCACCCGGAGUCGAAGCUCCCACAUUCGAAACUAUUGCUAGUGAUGUCGAAGAGUUACUGAAAGGGCUCAAAAUUCCCUCUGAAAAUGUUGUUGCUGCUGGGCACUCGAUGGGUGGUAUUAUUGUGCCCAUCCUAGCCUCCAAGUGUCGCCUACGCGGAGCUGUCCUUAUUGGACCUGUGUUGCCCAAGCCUGCAAUGGCAGAUAUCUUCAAUGCUCGUAUUGAGACAGUCAAAAAGGAUGGAAUGGAGCCAAUGGCCAAAACUAUUCCUUUCGCUGCUACGGGCUCAAAAGCAACCUUGACUCACAAGGCGUUUAUCAGGACUCUCUUACUAUCUCAGAAGCCAGAUGGUUACAACGCGUUGUGCCAGGCCAUUGCAAAGGCGGAGCUGCCUGUGUAUUCCAACCUCAAGUGUCCAGUGCUGGUUUUGGCUGGCGAGGAAGACAAAACAAGUCCUGUGCCUGAUGCGCAUAAAAUUAUAAACGAAUGGGGAUGUGAUGGCUCGGCAAAGAGUAUCCAUGUUUUGCCUGGAGUAGGACAUUGGCACUGCAUAGAGGCACCAGAGGAAGUAGGGGCCAAGAUUGAGGAGUUUAUCUCCAAUUUGUCUUAG